ACAUAAUAAUUUUAAAUGUCAGAGAAGGAAGAAGCCAAAGAGGUUGAAGAAGUCCAAGUUUUAAUUUGAGAAGAAAACUCUGAAAAUGUUGAGGAAGGGUGCAAGAAUAUCCCAUAUGUCAAGAAAUCAAAGGUCGUUAAAUAUACCAGUGACGAGAAAUCACCAGAGAAAAAGAUGAUGAGUCCAGGUGGACUGGAUCUAUCAAGUCAGAAUUUAAGAAAAGAAGGCCAGCCGAACCAACUUUUGGAAGUUAAUAGAAGAAUGCUCAGGAAGAUCUUCAAUAGGCAUGUGUUUUGAAACAAGAAGAAAAUUAAGACUGCUGAAGUAAAUAAGAUUUGAAUGAGCCUCAAUAUUUUCCCAGAUUUGUUAACCAAUGUGGAGAUUACAAGGAUUAUUUGUGAAAUCCAGCCAGAGCCUUCUUCGAAUCUGAUGAAAUCACCAAGGAUGCUUAAUAAAGAAGUUAUGAUGAAGGACUAUCUUUUAUCUUAUACAGAUUUUGAGAAGUUAUUAGUGAAAGUAGCUGUAAGGGCCUUUAAAGCUCCAUCUGAACAGUCCGAGGGAGAUUCUUUGAAUGCUGAUAGCUUUAGAACAGAUAUUAAUGAUUAUACAGAGGCUUUGUAUCACCUACUCAACCACAUAAGGGAUCCAUCGAAAGUCCUAUAUGGUGUGAAAAUAAAUACUCAAGCAUUUGAAAAGAGCAAGAGGAAAUCUUGAGUAAAAAUAAAAUCAAAGCAGGGUCAUGAAAAGAAUGAAGACCGUGCUAAAGCACGAAUGUCUCUUACUAAUCCUACGAGGCUGCCGUUUACUAGCAGUAGCAGCCAUAUUUACUCCAAAAGGGAUCAUAAUGACGGAGAAGAUUCUUAUGAUAGUAAAGAACAAGAUUUCGACCAAGACUUACUCGAGGCUUCAGAAUUAGUUAAACGAGACAUUUCUGGGCCAAGAGGGCAACACAAAGCAAGAUAUAGUUCUCCAAGUCAGAUUAAUAAGGACGAUGAGGUUGAAGAUUGAGCAGCUCAGUUAAAUAACAAGAUGGAAAGGUUGAACAAAACUAUGAAGUUUGGAAAGUUUGUAGCCAAAAGAAGUUUCAGAAGUUCUAACCCUAGUUAUAAAUAAGGAGAAAUAUAAAUCAAAGCCAAGAGAACCAUAUCUGCCUUCCAGGGAGACUCAGAGAUUUAUGAAAUCUAAGCAUCAAAUUCCCGAUAUUGGUGGAGAUGAAUUCUCAAAGUCUUAUUCUAAAGAAGAAACUAAAAGUCACACCACUCUUAAACCUAAGACAAAAAGAGUUAUUAAGAAUAUUGACUCUGAUACUUUCAGCUCUAGGGCUAAACAACAAAGAAAAAAUCUUCCUACUUCUAGCAAUCAUAAGCAUAUAUAAAUAUAAAUAAGUAUCACCCAAAGACGCCCUCUCACUUGUCCAUGAACAGAUCUACUCUUAAAGCAUCAAAGCCUUUGAGGCGUGACCCUCAGGGCCAUGCGUCAAGUCAUUCUUUGAUAGUUGAGAAGCCCAAGACUCGAGAGAGGUCAACAACUCAGAAAGCGAUACGGCCCAUCUUUGGUACCCAGAGUGAGCUUGAUAACUCAUCUAUCACCCAAGGAGGAGAAAGUUUGGCUAAGAUAAAGAGUCUGUUCGAUACAGUGUCAACUCUAAGAACUACGAUUUCCAACUUUAAGAGAAGACACGAAGAAAUACAUCAGUCAAGAGAGUCUAGGCCAAGCCAAGACUUAUCGAUGAGAGAAUCCUCAAGUAAUUAUUUCACACUAGAUAAGAUCAAUGAAGAGGAAGUAGUAGAAGAGAAAGGAUUUACUGAUAAUCAACUCAUGGCAGUAGGAAUGCUAAAAACUAUUAUCGGAUUUAAGCUAAAAAGAACAAACAGAGAUUUAAUAAGAUACCUAAAAUCCCUAAAGGAAAACAAGGAGGAGUUAGUAUAA